CCUGCUCCUUUUUUUUUUGUCUAUAUAAACACCAAUUUCAUAUGCAUGGAUCCUGAAAAAAAUUACCAUUUAAUUAUACAUUCAUAAUCCGUGCUUUGAACAAUUCUUUUACUUAAUCGUGUUUUCCUAAUCAAUGCAUUCAACAAUUUGAUUUUAUUUUAGUUUUCUCACCCAUCGAUGAUGCAAAGUAUUUUUCGAAUUAUUUUGUUGAGCGAAUCCUCCUUUUUGUCUUUCUCUCUUCAAAGCAAGGAGGCACUUGUUCAAAUUAGUGGAAGCUAAUUUGUUGACGAUAAGGUGAAAUUGGUUACCGAGAAGCAAAGAGAAUAAAAACUUUCACAACAUUAUUUAUUAGCACAAUUCCCGUUGACUUUUUUGAAACAGGGGUGAGCACGGGUAUCGGAGCUAUAGCAUUACCUUUGCUUUCUUGGGGGUUAUACAAAUACAUCGUAAGAAGGCGAGUGGCAAAGCUCAAACGACAAUUUUCAAACGUAACGGCGGACUUCUAUUGCAACAACACCUAUCUUCUAUUGAAGACAGUCAUGUGGACAAAGGCAAGUUAUUCACCUCAAUGGAGAUAGACACGGCUACAGACCAUUUUAAUGAGAACCGAAUACUAGGUCGGGGUGGUCAAGGAACUGUUUAUAAGGGAAUGUUAUUAGAUGGAAUGAUCAUUGCAGUCAAGAAAUCAAAAUCUGUUGAUGUAGGGCAAGUCCAACAAUUUGUCAAUGAGGUGGUUAUUCUCUCUCAAAUCAAUCACAGAAAUGUGGUCAAGAUACUAGGUUUCUGUUUAGAGAGUGAAGUCCCUCUUCUAGUAUAUGAAUUCAUUCCCAAUGGAACUCUCUAUCACUAUCUCCAUGAUCCAGAUGAGGAAUCCCUUCUGUGGGAAAUACGAUUAAGAAUUGCCAACGAAGUUGCUGGGGCACUUUCAUAUUUGCACUUUGCUGCUGCCAUACCGAUUCAUCAUCGAGACAUUAAGUCGUCAAAUAUACUUUUGGAUGAAAAAUAUCAAGCCAAAGUGGCAGAUUUUGGAGCUUCCAAAUCCCUUCCAAUCGACCAAACACACUUGACCACAAUGGUGCGAGGAACCUUUGGAUACUUGGACCCCGAGUACUACCAAACAAGUCAAUUUACAGACAAAAGUGAUGUCUAUAGUUUGGGGUAGUCCUUGCUGAGCUACUAACCGGAGAAAAGCCAAUUUCUCAAUUGAGGGCAGAAGAGGACAGAAAUUUAGCCUCGUACUUUGUCAUUUCGAUGGAGGAGAACCGCUUGUUUGAUGUUCUUGAUAAGGAGGUAUUAGACCAUG